AUGCUUGCCCAGUUACAAGGAAUCAUUCUGCUAAACACUACACUUUCCCGCCAUUCUCUUGUUCAUGGCUACGGUAGUGACAGUGAUCAUGCUGCCAGGUUCUCCAGCAGGGCCAUCUUGACCUCGCCUUCCAUCUUGUCCUACAACUCCCGGGCAACCUUCAACGUCAGGACGAGCUUGGCCCGGGUGCGCCCGGAGCUCCGUGAGACCCUCGAGGUCUUUCUGGGCCUACAACGCCAUCAGCUCCCGGCCUGCCAUCCCUCCCGGGACGACCCCGACCUCCCCGCUGCCCUGAAUCACCUUGGAGUCCUUGUUCUCCCUGCUCCCCUGGAUCCCCUCGAGGUCCUUGAGGGCCUGCAGCGUCAUCAGCGCCAUCAGCGCCAUCAGCUCCCGGCGCGCCGUCCGCCCCAGUAUGGCCCCUUUCUCCCUGUCGUCCUGGAUCUCCUUGGAGUCCCCGUUCUCCCUGCUCCCCUGGAUCUCCUCGGAGUCCUUGUUCUCCCCGCUCUCCUGGGGCCCCUCUGGGUCCUUGCCCCCCAGAAGGCCCUUCUCGUCCCUCAGGUCCCUGAACACCAUUAUCGCCUCGCGACCCGGCAGCUCCAGACCUCCCUCGGCGUCCUCGGCGGCCUUUGGGACCACGACAACAGCAUAUGA